UUUGUUUACCCUGAAUCUGUACCUAAAAUUAAGCUAUCAACAAUGGCGAGAGCAAUCGAAGAAGAUUCUGACGAAGAAAAUGGUGCAACAGGUGUACAGAAGAACAAGAGAUUUUCAAAAUUAAGGAAAAAAGAACUUGGAAUAUCUUGCAUGUUAAAUACAGAAGUUGGAGCUGUUCUUGCUGUGAUCAGACGAAUACCAGAUAGUAAUUCACAAUUCUUAACAGAAGACAAUUAUGAUUCUACAUUGCUGACAUCUUUAAAAGCAUUACGCGCAUUAAUAUUCAAUCCGCAACAAGAAUGGCACAAAAUAGAUCCUUCAGUAUAUUUAGGUCCAUUUCUAGAUGUUAUUCAAAGCGACGAAAUCCCUGCAUCUGCAACUGGUGUUGCAUUAUCCGCAAUUCUCAAGAUUCUAAAACUCGAUAUAUUCAACGAAAAAACACCGGGUGUUCAAGACGCGAUCAAUUCGAUUGUGACCGGUGUUACAAGUUGCCGGUUGGAGAAAACGGAUUCUAUAGCCGAAGAAGCUGUGUUAAUGAAGGUGCUGCAGGUUUUGAUUGGCAUUAUGAGGAAUGGUGCAUCUAUAUAUUUGACGGAUCAUGCAGUUUGCACAUUAGUGAAUACUUGUUUCCAGGUAGUGCAACAAUCUGCAAGCAAAGGUGAUCUGCUGCAAUGUAAUGCUAGGCAUACAAUGCAUGAAUUAGUGCAAAUAAUAUUUGCUCGCUUUCCUGAAAUAGAUAAUGUUCGCGAGAAUUCUGAAUCUGACGAUGAUGAACAACUUGCAAAUGCUCAUGAUAAUAGAUAUGGUGCACGCUGUGCAAUAGAUAUAUUCCAUUUCUUGUGUUCAUUGUUGAAUGUGGUGGAAGUUGUAGAUACAGAUGGAUCCACAUCAACGACUUCUGACGAAGACGUUCAGGUUUUCGCUCUUAUUUUGAUUAACUCAGCAAUUGAGUUAAGUGGCGAAGAAAUUCGAGCGCACCCGAGGCUUUUGAAGAUGAUUCAGAAUGAUCUCUUUCACCAUUUGAUUCAUUAUGGGAGUUGUUCUAGCCCACUUUUGUUAUCCAUGAUCUGCAGUACUGUUCUCAACAUCUACCAUUUCCUACGUAGGUAUGUCAGACUCCAACUGGAAGCAUUCUUCUCAUUUGUAUUGCUAAAAGUUGCAAAUGGAGGCAGUUCACCUCAACUGCAGGAAGUGGCAUUAGAAGGAGUUAUAAGUUUUUGCAGGCAGCCUACAUUUGUAAUCGAAAUGUACGUAAAUUACGAUUGCGAUCCAGUGUUUCGGAAUGUAUUUGAAGAGAUUGGGAAGUUGCUGUGCAAACUUGCUUUCCCUGUGCCAUCGACCCCGUUAACCAGUUUGCAGAUGCAAGCCUUCGAAGGUCUACUUAUAGUGCUUAACAACAUUGCGGAUAACAUCGAUGAAGAAGCAAAUCCAACCUCAGUUCCUAGUUAUCCAGUUGUUGUUUCUGAAUAUAAGCCAUUCUGGAUUGGAGAGAGCAAAAGCAAUGGGAAUACGGAAGCGUGGAUUGAAUCGCUUCGAUUCAGAAAAGGACAGAAGAGAAAACUAUUGAUAGCAGCUAAUCAUUUCAAUAGAGAUGAGAAGAAGGGUUUGGAUUAUCUGAGAAUCACUCAUUUGACUCCAGAACCACCGGAAGCGAAAGCACUGGCAUUGUUUUUCAGAUUCACACCUGGUCUGGAUAAGAGCAAGAUUGGUGAUUUCCUUGGUGACCCUGACAAGUUUUACUUGCAAGUGCUUAAAGAGUUCACUGACACAUUUAGUUUCAAUGGAAUGAUUCUCGACACAGCGCUCCGAACUUAUCUGGAAACAUUUCGUUUGCCUGGAGAGUCUCAGAAGAUUCAAAGAAUUCUUGAAGCAUUCUCUGAGAAAUUCUAUGAUCAGCAGUCGUCAGAGAUAUUUGUAAGCAAAGAUGCAGUGUUCAUUCUGUGCUAUUCACUCAUUAUGCUCAAUACAGAUCAACAUAAUCCGCAAGUGAAAAAGAAGAUGACCGAAGACGAAUUUAUCAGGAACAAUAGAGCUAUUAAUGGAGGCAAAGAUCUUCCUAGGAAAUAUCUGUCAGAACUUUUUCAGUCCAUUUCUAACAACGCCAUUACGAUAUUCGGGCAGUCCGGUGCUCCAGUACUUAUGAACCCAAAUAGAUGGAUUGAUAUAAUAAAUAGAUCUAAAGUCACUGAACCGUUCAUCCUCUGCAGCUACACCAAUUGUUUAGGCAGAGAUAUGUUUGCAUCCAUUGCAGGACCUUCUGUUGCGGCAUUGUCUGCAAUAUUUGAACAUGCAAGUGAAGAUGAAACUCUGCAUGAAUGCAUUGAAGGGUUAUUUUCAGUAUCCAGGAUUGCGCGCUUCGGGCUAGAAGAUACUCUUGAUGAGCUAAUUGCAUCCUUCUGCAAGUUUACCAUGCUUCUUAAUCCGUACUCGACUGCAGAAGAAACCAUUUAUGCUUUCAGCAAUGACAUGAAGCCUAGAAUGGCGACUCUCGGGGUGUUUUCUAUCAUUAAUAAGUUCGGAGAUUCCGUUCGAGGCGGUUGGAGAAAUAUAGUGGAUUGUUUAUUGAAACUCAAGAGACUUAAGUUACUUCCUCAAUCUCUACUUGAGCCGGAUUCAACAUCAUCAGCUGACAUUCAGAGGGACUCCAAAUCCGAAUCCGGCGUAAGCUUCACGUCGUUUGAUUUAGGCCAUGGUUCUAGUAGGCAGGCAUCUGGUCUAGGAGGUACUGGGAGAUUCUCACACUUCCUGUCACUUGACUGCACUGAAGAUGCAUUACUCCAAGCGGCGUCUGGUAAUGAUUUCGAGCAUAAUUUGAAAAUAAUACAGCAAUGUCACAUUGAUAGCAUCUUCAGCAAUAGUCCAACGUUACCCGAAGAUUCGUUAGAAAGUCUAGGCCGAUCCUUGAUAUUUGCAGCAGCUGGGAAAGGCCAGAAGUUCAGCACUCCAGUUGAAGAAGAAGAAACCGUUGGCUUCUGUUGGGAUUUGAUCGUUACGCUUACUUUAGCCAACCUUCACAGGUUCUCCAAGUUUUGGCCUCUUUUCAACGAUUACCUGAUUUUAGUAGCUCAGUUUCCUCUCUUUUCACCAUGUCCAUUUGCAGAGAAGGCCAUUUUAAGUCUUUUCAAAAUCUGCCUCAAGCUUCUCAAUUCGUACCGAACCGAAAAAAUGUCAGAAGAAAACAUCUUCAAAUCCAUAAACUUAAUGUGGAAGCUUGAUAAAGAAAUUCUAGAUACAUGCAGUGAAACCAUUACCCAGGCAGUGAGUAAGAUGCUUAUCGAGUUCCCUGCAAAUAUCCAGACACAACUUGGCUGGAAAUCAAUCCUGCAUUUGUUAUCAAUCUCUGGCAGACACCCUGAAACUUAUGAUCAAGGAGUUAAAGCAUUGAUUAUGUUGAUGUCAGAUGGUAUCCAUGUUUCAAAGAUCAAUUACGCAUACUGCAUAGAUUGUGCGUUCGGGUUCGCUGCACUCAAGAUUAGUCCUCUGGAGAAGAGUUGGAAGAUAUUAGACUUAAUGGCAGAUUCAGUAAACCUGUUAAUUCAGUGGUACAGAAAUGAUUACUCAGAUCCAGGGAGCAAUGCUAGUAACAAUAGCGGUUCAUCAUUCGAGGACAAGAAUCCGAACUCGUAUAACUCGACGAUGAAUCUAUUCAUUAAACUAGUAGAAUCACUUAGAAAAACUAGUUUAGUCAGAAGAGAAGAUAUAAGAAACCAUGCAGUGUUAGCAUUACAGAAGAGCUUCAUAUUAGCAGAACAACUCGGGUUCACAUCGAAUAACUGCAUCAACUGUUUUAACUUAGUAAUCUUCGCAAUGGUUGAUGAUUUGCACGAGAAGCUAGUCGAGUAUUCGAGAAGAGAUAAUGCAGCAAAGGAGAUGAAAAGUAUGGCAGCGACACUAAAGCUAGCAAUGGAGCUACUGAAAGAAGUGUUUUUACAGUUCUUGACACCGUUAUCUCAGAGUUCGGGGUUUCGUACAUUUUGGUUAGGAGUGUUGAGAAGGAUGGAUACGUGUAUGAAAACGGAGUUGGGCGAUGACGAUGAGACCGGGUUGCAGGCAUUGAUACCGGAAUUGCUGAAGAAGAUUAUAACAGAAAUGAAAGAGAAGGAAAUUUUAGUGCACACUGAAGAAAAUGAGUUGUGGGAUAUUACACAUGUUCAGAUACAAUGGAUAGCUCCUUCAUUAAAAGAAGAACUAUUUCCUGAUGAAUUUUAGUCAGAAAAUUUUGGUUAUUUUUUUGUAUAAAUAGAAAAUUGUUGUAAUUUUUUUGGUUUCUUAAUUUUCGAGUAUGCUUUUGAAUACCACAAUUAUUCAGAUGCAGCUUCCCGGCUGCGUUGUCAAA